UUAAGAUUUUCAAGAAACCCAUUAUUUCAACAAACUGUCGCCUCCGUCGCAGAAUUAGACCUUUUGUGUGCUUGGGUUAUGAAUUUCCUCCAAUGCGUCUCAUGGUGCCACUAUAAUUGGCUGGGAUUCUAAAAUUUGUUUCUUAAGUUUCAAGUUUUCCCAACCAUCAAGAUUUAUGCUGACAGUUUAUUAAUAGAUUGUAUUUUACACUUCAGAAUCAUUUCCACGUUUCUUCAAAAAUUAUUCAUUAGAUGUGUUCGCGAUGGGAUGUUCCGCUUCAUUUCAUAACCGCGGAGCAACCAAGAACUGGUCUCCAAUCUCAGUUUCCCUUGGAUUCAAAGGUCUCUCUACUCCUUUGAGUCGCAAGACGAAGAAUACUUUGAAAGAAUCAUGGAAACUUGUCGAGCCUGUUAAGACUGAGGCGGGAAAGGCAAUGUUUAUGAGGCUUUUCGAGACACAUCCAAACAUUCAGGACACAUUUCCAACAUUCAAAGGCGUCAGCUUAGACGAGUUGAUGAACUCUCGAUCCUUGUAUCUUCAUGCCAAGCGAGUUAUGGCUGCUGUUGAAAAUACUAUCAAUGCAUUAGAUGAUUGUGAAGUGUUAUUGGAAAGUCUUUCAAGCCUGGGACAAAGACAUAAAGUUUGGUUUGUCAGGGAGGAACAUUUUAAGGUUGUUGGUGAAGCUCUUCUGUGGACAUUACAGAAUAUGCUCGAGGCAAAAUGUACGAAUGAAGUUACAUUGGCUUGGACAGAGUUGUAUAACUUCAUAACUAAAACGAUGUUACGUGGAAUUUCAAGUAAUAACAUAGACAAGUGAAUAAAAAGUUGUCUGAAUAUAAAAAUGUGUGAUUUGCACGCAGAAUAUAUAUCUAAUCAAAUAUGUAAGUAAUAUAACGUUCUUUGCUUAUGUUUUAUUCAUUUGUUUCUUUUUCUUGGGUACUUGUUUUGUUACCAAUUUGUUUUUAGCGGCAAGUAUUUGUGUAAAUAAGAAAAUAAAUAAAUAAAAA